AUGCCUCCACUCAAAAGAAAGCAAUCAUCAGGAUGUCAAAAUAGAAAAAUAUCUAAGAAGAAAGAAGAGUUCAAAAAAUCUCUUGUUGGGUCUCUUGAAAAAUAUGUGGUAAGAACAAGUGAAACCAUUGUGGUAGAUAAUGUGAAUGUUGCAAUUACUGAUACGGGGGGGAACGUUAAUCGUACAGUUGAGAGCAAUACUUGUGAAAAUGUUGAUCAAAAUUUAAAUGAGAUAAACAGAGAUGGUAAUGAUGCACAUGUUGCCGGAAAUGUUGAUACUGUGGCAGGUGGGGGAGAUGUAAAUGAAUUAAAUGAGAAUAAUAACAGUGUGAAUGUUAAUGAAGAGGUAAAUGACAUGGAUGGUUGUACUGCGACUGAGUUUAACAUGGAAGAACCGAAUCAAGAUAUUUUUGAUCCAAAGAAUUGGGGUAAAAUCGAUCAAAAAUUGAUUGAUUUUUUAGUUGAGAACGGUCCAAGAAGGGUUGAAGAUUAUGACUUUCCUUAUGAUAAAUUUGGUAAACGUUUUUCUAGAAAGCAUUAUACCCGUAAGAUGGCAAACAGGGAGAAGCAAGAUAGGAGAUGGCUUGUAUAUUCAGUUUCUUUAGACAAAGUAUUUUGUUUCUGUUGCAAGUUGUUCAAAAAAGAUGAUUCAACACAAUUAGCUGACAUUGGAUUUGAUGAUUGGAAUAAUCUUAGUGGAAGACUUCAGAAACAUGAAAUGUCUAUUGAACAUAAAGAAUGUAUGAGAAUGUGGAUUCAUCUGGAAUUAAGAUUGAAAAAGAAUGAAACCAUUGACAAACUGGUGCAAGGACAAAUUAACAAAGAGAAACAGCGUUUUAUAGAAAUAAUGGACAGCGUAAUGGAUGGUGUGAUGUAUCUUGCAAAAAAUGGUUUAGCAUUUCGUGGAGACAGCGAUAAGAUUUUCACAAGAAACAAUGGUAACUUUUUGAGUUUUAUGGAGGUUAUUGCGAAACAUGAUCCAAUGUUAAAUAUUCAUCUACAACGUAUUGUUAAGAAGGAAACUCGUUAUAAUUAUCUUAGUCAUAAGAUUCAAAAUGAGUUGAUAUCCAUGGUCGCUGAUAAUAUUAAGAGUUCGAUUGUCAAGAAGAUUCACACAGCUAAGUAUUAUUCUAUUAUUCUUGAUUGUACUCCAGACAUAACUCAUCAGGAUCAAAUGUCUAUUGUGGUAAGAUGUGUAGAUGUUUCCCAGAUUCCAGCAAAAGUUGAAGAAUUUUUUCUUGGAUUUUUGAAAGUGGAUGAUUCAACAGGUGAGGGUCUUUUCUCGGAACUUGAAGAUGCAUUGAAAAAACUCAAUCUAAACAUUGAUGAUAUAAGAGGGCAAGGCUACGACAACGGUUCAAACAUGAAAGGAAAAGAGAAAGGUGUGCAAAACAGGUUGCUUGAGAUAAAUCCCAGGGCGUUUUACACUCCAUGUGGUUGUCAUAGUCUUAAUCGCAUGCUUUACGAUAUGGCUAAAUCUUGUGAAAAGGCAGAUUCUUUUUUUGGGACCGUACAAUGUAUUUAUAAAUUAUUUGCUGCUUCUACAAAGCGGUGGCAGGUUUUUAAGAAGAAGGUAGGAUCUAAAGGUCUCACUCUCAAACCAAUAUCUGACACUAGGUGGGAAUGUCGUGUGGAAAGUGUUAAAGCAAUAAAAUUCCAAGCACCGAAAAUACGAAAAGCUUUGAUUCACUUGAUAAAGACAUCCAAAAAUAAUGAAGAAAAGUGUAUUGCUCAGGGUAUACUUAAGAAUCACAUGAAGAAUUUUGAAUUUUUUCUUGGCAUGGUUAUUUGGUAUGACCUUUUAUCGGUCGUCAACUCCGUUAGCAAAUCACUACAAGCAAAAGAUAUGCAUAUGGGAGAUGCUAUUGAACAUAUAAAAAUGCUUGUUUCAUUUUUCAAAGAGUACAGAGACAAUGGCUUCCAAGCUGCACUAGUUGAAGCUAAACAAAUUGCUGUUGACAUGGGUAUUAGUCCUAAAUUUCAGGAACAACGUGUUAGAAAGCGGAAGAAGCAUUUCGAUGAUGAUGCUAGCGAGGAGACAGUUCCUGACUCAGAUAUUGAUGGGAGAGAUCUGUACACUGAAUUAAAGAUUAUGAAAAGGACACUGCCGGCCGAGAUAAAGAAACUAAUUGAGGUAUUACAUUAUUUGCAACACUUGGAAGCAUGUUAUCCCAAUGCUUGGGUUGCUUAUAGAAUUUUGCUUACCGUCCCUGUUACCGUGGCAAGCGCAGAAAGAAGUUUCUCCAAACUGAAAUUAAUCAAGUCUUAUCUUCGGUCCUCAAUGUUGCAAGAAAGAUUGAAUGGAUUGGCUAUGAUAGCUAUUGAAAUAACCAUAGCUGAAAAAAUAGACUACAAAUCCAUCAUUAGAGAGUUUGCGUCUAAGAAUACGCGAAGGGUGAAAGUAUUUCGACGAACUUUGUAAAAUUUAUGUUUAGAUGUCAAUAUAAUUAUAUAAUUAUCUUUUAUUAUUACAGUUGUGUGGAAAUUUUUUUUU